AUGUCUCGACUAAGCUUUCAAGAUGACCUCCUGCAGUCUUUGGAUGGGCGAACCGUCAUUGUUACUGGUGCCGCUCGAGGGAUUGGUGCAGCCACGGCAACCCUCUUCAACGAACAUGGAGCGCUUGUGUGCAUCACAGAUCUGCCGGGGCGUAAGGCGGACGCACAGGCGCUCAUAGUCUCUAUGAAGCACCCGGAGAACGCCAUUUUCGCGCCCGCAAGUGUCACGGACUGGACGGCCUUGAUGCAUGUCUUCAAGACUACUCUGAGUAGGUUCGGUGCGAUUCACAUGGUCGUGGCCAAUGCUGGGAUCAUGGAGAGCUCGCCAGUCUUGGACGUCAGCGUUGACGACGCAGGGGAUCCCAUCGAGUCGACGGAGGCGAAUCGAGUCCUGGAUGUCAACUUGAAGGGGACUUUGAACAGUAUCACAAGGGAGUUUGGCAGUGUCGUCACGCAGGCCGGUCUGGACGCCAACACUCCUGCUGCUGUCGCCACGGCCAUCGCGUUUGCCGCUGCGGAUCCUUCCAGACACGGCACCUCUUGCUUGGUCUUGGGUCAUCAUCUACAUGAAAUGGAGUACAGCCGGGCAAACGUCCUGCAGUCCUGGCUCGGGCAAGACGUAGCGGCUGCUCUCGCGAGAUUUGGCGCCUUCGUAAAAUCGAUCGGCGGGUAUCGUCUCCCAAAAUGGGAGCCGAUCGACAAUGUAGACUGA